UAUUUAUUUAGAAAUUUUUCUAAAAUAGGUAAACGUUAUAGCCAAUAAAACUUAAAAGAAUCAGUUCACAAUGGAGUCAGAAGAAAUAAAUUCUUUACAAAGUGGUUUGGAAGAAUCUAAACCUCUAAAUGCCAACAUGAUGAUUAUAGAUUCUUCGACUAUCAAGCAAGCAGUCUCUCAAGUCGAUAUAAAUUUGGAAAAUGCAAUAGAGAGAAAUUGCAUGGUGGAAACUACCGACGGCUCGCUUCCGAUAACGUUAGUCGUUUCCGAAUCUCCUAUUUUAGAACAUAUUAAUGAAAAUGUAAAUUUAGGAGAUAGUUCUCAAGAAGGAUCGGUUAUUUCGGCAGUCAACAUGCAAGAUGGCGAAUCUACUGCCCAGUUUUUUAUCGAACAUAUUGCAGCAGAUGGUUCUCAAUUGCAAACAUCAGAAAGUGAAACAAUCCAGAUUGGCGUCAAUACUACAGCAAAUAACAAUGAGGAUGGCGUACCAAUCCUUUUACAUAUGACAGAAGAUACAAACGAGGACCAUCAAACAAAUCUGCAUAUUUCUGAAGCUGAUGGCAGCGAAAGCAUUUCGGUAACAACUAAUGCAGAUGCGGGGGAUAUGCCAGCUACGAUGUACACAAUACAUCUAACUGAAGAUCCACCUCCAGACGGCAUCGUCUCCGACGAGCAAGGAACUUUAACUGCUUCCAAUUCGGAUUUAGCAGUUGGCGAUUCGUCUUUGGUUCAUCUGGAAAACGUAUCGCUGACGGAAGAAACCAAUCUUCAUUUUCUCGCCACAAGUACUAGAUUAGAAGAUUUUAUGGAUGUUGUAACAACGUAUAAAUGUAAAUUUUGUAGAUUUUGUUGUGCUUGGAAGUCCGGUUUAAUGUCUCAUAUUAGAAGUUGCCAUUUAGAUGCUAGUCAAAAUAUCGCAUCUACCAUUCAAGAAAGCAAUUCUUUGCAACAAAUAACAAAUAUAGAAUCUAAAGAUAAAAACGAAGCCAGAACAAAUGCAUUUAUUGAAGAAAAUAAAACUGAAGUACCAAAAGAGUUCGAUGGCGAGACCGAAAAUGCAUCGUCUUCGAGUCAAUUGAAUUCUGAUUCUAAGUUAGACAUGGAAUGUAGCAACGAUAUUAGCGAUUCUGGUACGUCUCAAGUAACCGCAGCUUUUCCCGUUCAAGAGCAGCAUAUAUACCUGUGUGGUCAGUGCAGUCGAGGUUUUGUUUCGUUGGAAGGAUGUCGAAAACACAUUAAUAAAGAUCACAAUUUAAAGUUGCCUGCUAAUAAUAAAUCUACUGGCAUGAAACGCAGAGGAAGACCCCGAACUAAACUGUUGUUAAACAACUCUACGUCUUUCCUUCAAGAUGAAAAUGAAGACGAUGACGAAGAGGACGAAGACGAAACAUUAGGAAACGAGAUGGAUGGCAAUAAUUAUAUAGAAAACGGGCAAGAUGAAUCCGACGAAAGGAUGGAAAGCUCCGGAAAAAGAAGAGUCCGUCCGCCUCGGGCUUUAGAAGAAGACUAUUAUUUCGGUCAGAAGAAAAGGCGGGUUCGAAAGAAGAGCACAAAAGAUAGAACUUAUAGAUGUAAUGAGAAAGGAUGCGGAUAUAGUUUUACCUCUGAAGCUAAUCUGCAAUAUCACGGUAGAAGUCACGUGUCUGAUGAUAAGCCGUUUUGUUGUCCUGAAUGCGACGAGAAAGCUGAUCAUUGGCGUGGUUUAGCCAUGCAUCUUUGGAAGAUUCACAGUAUUGAUAUGGAUUUGCACACUUGUCCCAUUUGCGGCUAUAAAACGUACAGUCUCUUUAAACUGGAUAAUCAUAAAAGAAUACACAGUGAAGAUAGAGAAUUCAUAUGCACUACCUGUGGAAAAGGUUUCAAACAAUUGAGUCAAUUACGUAACCACAAUGUAAUUCAUUUGGACAGAAAAAAUAUGCCAGAAAAGCGAUGGUACAGCGAGCAAGAAUGUGACAUUUGCCAUCGGACGUUUUCAGAUUCUAAAUGUUUAAGGAAACACCAACAGGCCGUUCACAAUAAAUUAAAACCUUAUUCAUGCACAUAUUGUGGGCAUAUGAGUGCCAGGAAGGCCAUGUUACAGUUGCACAUGCGCCAGCAUACAGGUGAGAAACCUUUUAUGUGCGAACAUUGUGAGUACAGAACGGGAGACCAUAAUUCGUUGCGUCGUCAUCGCAUGAGGCAUACCGGUACUAAGCCGUACAAAUGUCCUCACUGCCCCUAUGCAUGCAUCCAGGCAAUAUCUUAUAAAAUGCACUUGAAAAAUAAACAUCCAGGAAUGGAAGGUUUGUAUGCCUGUGCGCUGUGUACUUUCCGAUCGGUAAGUAAAGACAAUUACAUUAACCAUAUGUCAGACCAUAAACGAGGAGCAAUUCCCACAACAUCUACAUCCAGUUUCCAUUUGAGUACCACAACUGGUAAUCAGCAUUCGGUUCUGAUGGACGAAGAUAGUAAUGGACAACAAGAGAUUCAAGAACCGGCUCAGUUGCACGUUACCGAAGGAACAUUACAGCAGUUAGAAGGAAUUUUACCAGGAAAUUUUAGUGCUGCACAACUUAUCUAUAGUUGUCUCAGUGCUCUUAAUCACGAGGGUGGUACCGUCAACUUGCCGGCAGGUGUGACCUCCACCACUACUGCAGGUGAUGGCACGCAGACUAUAACCAUUCAACUUCCUGCUCCGACUACUCAGGAAAUGGCAGAACACGAACAAUUUUAUCUGACCAUUCAACAACAGGACGGUUCUAAUCCUACCACCAUCAUCUCACCCAGUGUUGAGGUAGGAAACGUGCAGACUGUUGACGACUCUUCCGAGAAAAUUUUGCAGCCCAUAACUAUUUCGGAAGAAAAACACGCUCUAGAUUUUGUGGAGGCGAGUGAUUCGACACCGCCCACCAUUGUCUCUCUACCCGCUCAGUCAGAAUCAACUUCGAGUUUGCUGCAAGAAGUCUAAUCUGUAUUUAAUCAAAUGUUCAGUCUGAUUGUCUGCAUUGUACAGAAAGAUUUAGUAUUUACAUUAAAGACAAUUCUUUGUUUCUGUUCAUAUGAAA